AUGCGCCACGUCGUGGGCGCGGAUGAUCCCCGUGCGACGUACGACCACUCCUCAGGCACGACCGCUCUUCAGGUACAACCGCCCGCUCUUCAGGUGCGACCUCCCCUCAGGUACGACCGCUCUUCAGGUGCGAUCUCCCCUCAGGUACGACCGCUCUUCAGCGCGUAUCCGCAGGCGCGGUUUUUUGCGGCGGCGGCCCCCGUGACGACGGCGGUGCAGCUCUUGCUGCUGGGGCUGGGCGUCACGCGCAGCGACGGGAUCGUAAAGUCCAUGAGCCGCAGCGGCAGCAAGAGUGAAUUGUUAAGUGGGCCUUUGUGUUACGCGGUUACCAUAAUGCUCAUGACUGUGAUGUACUGGAGAACGUCUCCUGUGGGAAUGCUUGCUCUUGUCAUCAUGUGUGGUGGAGAUGGUGUGGCGGACAUUGUGGGGCGGCGGUGUGGUUCCUGGAAGCUUCCAUGGAAUGAGCAGAAAAGCUGGGCUGGCAGUGCUGCCAUGCUGCUGUGCGGAUUUGCUCUCUCAUUAAUCUAUUUAUGGUUCUUCUGUUUCCUAGGCUUCUUCUCCUGCCCUAUUCCCUCCCACCCUCUCCUCCGGGUCUUCCUAAUAAACUUGGGAGCUACAGUAGUUGAAUCGUUGCCUGUUAACUGGUACAUCGAUGACAACAUAUCUGUUCCUGUCACGGCUGUGCUUUUAAGCAAGCUGCUACUAACGAAUGCAUAG